AUGACGGAUAAACUUUAUCCCGAAGAAGAAUGGCAACAAAAAUUACCUUCUUAUAAUAUUAUUAAUUUAAUGGAGGAGAAUGAGCUUAACUCAUUCUCAAGAAUUUGUAGCCGAAUUAGGCCUCCAAUUCCUGAAGCAAAUAUCCAAAGUUCUCCGGCUAAUAUUGUUGAUAUUGGAUCAAAAAAGAUAUUAGAGGCAUGUAAGGGUAAUGGAAUCCUAUCAAAAAAUACUUUUGAGUGGUAUUAUCCGCCAAAUACUUCACAUCGAUCACUUAUUCCUAAUCCAGAAGAUGAUUACAUUUUACCAAUUUUUUUUUGGCGACCUGAAAAAUUCUAUAAUUGCUAUGUUCCUACAAUACCUUGUGCAACUGAUUCUUGUUCUGGAACUCCUAAAUCAAAAGGUUGGGCUGAUGAAGGAGCACGAUUAAUUUAUGGGCUAAAUCAAAAUGUUUUACUUCGUAGUUGGAGUUAUAGUUGUGAAAAAUGUAAAAUAAGUUUUUACGCACAUGAUGAAAGAAUUUUACAAAAACUACCAGAUCAUUUUGAAGAUUCUGAAAAAUAUCAAGGAAGUUGUCCUUCAUCAACUUUAAUUCGAGAGUGCUUUUUAGAAUAUUUUGAAAAUAAUAUGGAAGAAUUUUGUGACAAAUGGAUGCGUUCACUUUCUGUUUAA